CGCUUCCCCCCGGCCAUGGAGCGCCAGACCUUGCCUCCCGGCGGCGCGGCGGCGGUGGACGAGUACCUAGAGUACCGGAGAAUUGUUGGUGAGGAUGAUGGAGGGAAACUUUUUACUCCUGAAGAAUAUGAAGAAUAUAAAAGAAAAGUUUUACCUAUGCGCUUACAAAACAGAUUAUUUGUGAGCUGGCGGUCACCGACUGGAAUGGAUUGUAAACUUGUGGGCCCGGAGACACUGUGUUUUUGUACACAUAGGUAUAAACAGCAUAAAACUGACUUUGAAAUGAUUCCUGAACAGCGCCCCAUUGAUCUGCCUUGCAGAGUGACUGGCUGCCAGUGCAAGGCUUACCUUUAUGUCCCUUUGAAUGGUACUCAGCCCAUUCGCUGCAGAUGCAAACACUUUGCAGAUCAGCACAGUGCUGCGCCUGGCUUUACGUGUAAUGCAUGUUCUAAAUGUUCAGGAUUCCAUAGCUGCUUCACUUGUGCUUGUGGUCAGCCUGCAUAUGCCCAUGACACAGUAGUAGAAACUAAGCAAGAAAGAUUGGCUCAGGGGAAACCAGUGGGACGAGAUGUUCCAUAUGCAGCAAUGGGAGGAUUAACUGGUUUCAGCUCUCUGGCAGAAGGCUACAUGCGAUUGGAUGACAGUGGAAUCGGUGCACCUUCAGUUGAAUUUUUAGAAUCUCCAGUUACAGCCAUGGAUCACCCAUUUCUAAAAGCCUUUCAAGCAGCAUCUGUUUCUUCUCCUGAAACAUUAAAAGAUGGAGACCUGAAGAGGAUGAUAUGGCUUUCUUUGAAAGACGGUAUCAGGAAAGGGGGUAAGGCAGUGAUGCUGCCUCUGGAAAUUGGUGUGUGUGAAUGUAAAAAUGGAAAAGAGUGCUAAGCAGAAAGGAAAAGCUCCAUUGCCAUCUUCUACAAAACAUUCAUGAAGACGACUGGAGAAGUUAA